AUGGGCCACAGUUAUGGUCAGUCCGGACCCACUGCUUCAACAUGGGGUUCUACCAGCAGAAUAAGGAUGAUCCCAAAUUGUGCUAAAUCAACUACAGGAGAGGCCCACACUGAGUUCCUGGUUCUUCUUGGUUACAAAGAUCAGCAGUGGAACACUUUGGAGAAGAUCCCAGUGAGGAAUGGGCCAAAAGGACUGGUGCUAUUUGAACUGAUGGAAAGUUUUGACAGAGUGCUCGUAGUCCGCCUCGUUUCCGCACUAAACCCGUGCCAGCUCGUGUUGUUAGCCGAGGAUCUGGAAGCAGCUGUGUUAUUCCACAGCGUCGCCAUAGUUCUUCUCAGGCAAAAUGUAGACACUCGCAACAUGAUGGUUGCACUGGUGCUGAGCAAAGACCUAAGCUGGGAACUGUCCAGACUGAAGAGCCGUGGAUACGACAGUCACACAGACAGCUCAUUGGAGGUUACAAUGUGUGAAGGAGACCGACUGCUUCUCCGCUUCAAUGGGAACAUCACCUCCAAAGGUAAGAAGUAG